AUGGUUCUGUUGAAUAGGAUUUCUGAUGCUUUAGAAGUGAUUGAAUCCAAGAAAGGUGGCCUCAGAAAAGCACUUUUAACAUUGUUGUUAGAGUGGAAAUAUUUUGAACAACACUUGGAUUUGAGCCAAACAUGUUUUCAAGAAUGCUUUGUCGAGCUCAAAUCCAGGGAGAAGCAUCUGUGUUCUAUUCAAGAAUCAAUACAUGAAAGUUCAAAGGAACUUGAAUUAAUCAGAGAAUCACUAAACUUGAAGCGCAAACAAGUUGAGGAUAAAGAAAGUGAGAUUUUAGGAUAUGUUGAAGACUUGAAACUAAGAGAGAACAAAUUCAGUGUCGUUCAAGAGGAGGCAGUCCAACAACUUCAUCUCAGAGAGGAGAAACUGAACGAGAAAGAGAAUUUGAUUCGAGGUAUUUUUGCCAAAGUGAGAUAUGAGCAACAAACAUUUGAGAAAAGGCUUAAGGAGAUUGGUCUAAAAGAGAAGAAAUUGAAGCAACAAGAUAAUGGACUUAAACUAAGAGAAAAAGUUGAUUCUGCUCUUCUUUUCAGUGAACAUAAACCAAAAGAACUUGGCUUGAACAAAACUAUCAAAAGAGAGAGAGCCACAAUGAUGGAGUUCAAUGUAGGAUGCAGCAGUUCAAGUAGGCCUUAUUGUUCUGAGAAUCCCUUGAAAAAGCCAAAAGCAGAAAAAUCAUCUGAUUUUGGUAUGGUUAGUGCUAAUAUGACAGUGAGACAAAACCAAAGUAUACACGAGAGGGAUAUCAGGUCAGACACAGACGACGAUAAGGGUGUCAUAAGUCUAGAAGUACAUUGUCCUCGCGCAGAAUUUCAUGAUUUUGAUAAGGAUAAAGAAGAAGGAAAUUUUGACAUCGACCAAAUUUGGGCAUGUUAUGACAAUUUAGAUGGUAUGCCUAGACUCUAUGCACAAGUUAAAAAGGUAUUUACUCCUACAUUUAAGUUACAAAUGGUCUGGUUAGAGGCUGUUGAUUGGAUAAAUCAUGACUUACAAGUUAGUUGUGGUAGAUUUAGACAGGGGAGUUCUGUAGACAUUUCAAAUCGUUAUAUAUUCUCUCAUCAAGUGAUAUGCAAAAAGGAAAUGCAGGGUUAUUAUCUGAUAUAUCCUAUGAAAGGGGAGAUUUGGGCUGUUUACAGAAACUGUCUACCGUUUAAAUAUGAGAUUGUGGAGGUAUUGUUUGAUUUUGUUGGUGAUGUUGGUGUAAAGGUACAUUAUCUGGAAAGAGUCAGUGGAUUUAUGAGCAUUUUUAAAAGGAGAAACUGUGGAACUGAGUCAUUUGUGAUACCAGCAAAUGAGUUAUACACAUUUUCUCAUAAAGUUCCCUCUUUUAAAUUGACACAAAAUAUUAGAGAAUAUUUUGAACUUGAUCCUGCUUCUCUACCUAAUUAUCAAGAUAAUGCAUUUUACAAUAACAAGGUUAAGGUCGAUUAUGAGGAAGUCGACGAUGUCUUUACCUCGAAGUAA